UCCGAUCGCAAAUCUUUUAGGAGCAUCUCAGCAGAUGAUGUGUCCAAACGUUUGAUGAAGUUAUUCUUAUAUAGGAACCGACUCAAAACCUGAUACGAGUGCGGAAGCGUGCACCGAAAGUAGCAAACUAGAUACGAAGAUAGACGUGCUCGUGAGAAACAACGGCAUACAGAUAAAAGAUUCUGCGUUGUUGUCUUCACAUGCAGAAAUGCACUGCCGCAGAUCCAACAGAGUCAGAUGCUGGAAAAUCAUGUUAGUGGAGGAAGAGGUAAGCAAAAUUUGACAGUUGCUCGUCUCAUCAGCUUCUUUCAUAUCCGUUUGCCAUUGGUCCCCAAAAACAAAUCUGAGGAUACACGGAAACGCACCCCUGAGUCUUGCUCGCCAUACUUCUUGAGAAAGAAGGUGGGGAACCCUGGCAAAAAACACAAGUUUCGUAUAAUAUUUAGUGCGCACGCGUAUUUCCUGAACGACAACGUUGGACGCAAAUAUUUCCUGAGUUUACUUCCUCCGCCCUUACCUUACGCAAUAAAUGUUUCCAUGUCCAACAGUGACUCCGGCAAUCGACGUUCAGAAUACCUGAAAAAUGGUUGCAGGGAGUGCAAGAGACGAAAAAUUAAAUGUGACGAGUUUAUCAAUCCGCCGCCAGAGGCAUACCUGAAAAUCAAUCACCAGGGCCGCGAGCUGUGCUGGCAUUGUACUCGGCUCAGAAAAACAUGUGAGUAUCCUAUGAAAGGAGAGAGAGUGGCACGUCUCUCGAAAAGAGCUCUACUAGAGAAAAGCAAGGAGAACAGCAGCUUGUCCGCCGAGGAAUGGAAGCCUUCCCCCGAAAUUAGCUCCAGCAAGCCAAAGAAGCCAAAGAAGCCUGUUCAUCUUGAUGCGAACCUUUCAAUGGCACCGCCCCAACAUUCUGAGAUUCUCUCAUCUGCGUCUCCAAACCACGUCAACCAUGUUGUUCAUCAUCGCUCAUACUCUGUACAUGAUACAGGACCUCGAAUUCACGCAACCCCGCACGACAAAGGUGUUCACCUGCGCUUCACUCCUGGUUUAAAUCCUGGGGUAAACUCUGGCUUGAAUCCGGGACCGUAUCCCGGCUUGAACCCUGGCUUGAAUCCUGGGUUUAGUCCUCGUUUAAAUUCCGUGUUUAAUCCUCGGUUUAAUCCUGGGUUUAAUCCCAGCUUCAUUCCCGGAAUCAUAGAUGGGCUUCCUGCAAGCGAUUCAAGCUGGCCUCGAAUCAUACCAGGAAAUCGGCCUUCUGGGCCUGACCGAGCAAACAUGAUCUCUAAUACCCUGUCACCAAACACCAGCUCCGCUCGGUCGAGGUCGUAUGACUCAGCUGAUCUCACCUUGAUUGCUACCGACUUGAACAACUUGGUGAGCGAUAUGAUCGUUGAGGUCAACAGUGAUUUAAAGACCUCCAGCGAUGCAACAUUAAAAGCGCCACAAAUGCAAAAAGUCAAUCCAGAACCUGAAGGUCUACACAAUAAGAAAGCGAAACCGUCUAACCAUAUACCAAGGAAUAUUGGAAUAGGAAUGUUUCAUGUCACGCAAAAAGAAAGGAUAUACUUGCAAGAAUUCUACCUGGGAUUUGCCAGCGUGAUCCUUCCCUUCAACGCUUAUGAUCCAGUUCAACAGUCUUACUAUAACCCUAUGCGAGACAUCUUGUUUUACAGUGCAUUCAAUGAAUCUUUUAUGCUAGCGGCUAUUUUGGCCCAAGGAGCUCGAUCCGUUUUCAUGCAGAGUGAAUCUCCUGAUGAUGAGUUUGCCUAUUACAUGUACUUACUGCAAUGCCUCGAGCUUCUAGGCCCUGCGUUGGGAGGCCAUAUGUCAAAAGCUCAAGUGGCUCUGCUUCCCGAUAUCGAGGCCGUUCUCUUGACUGUUCUUUUAUUGACUUCCUCUAAUGCGGCAAAUCUGAAGCAAAAUUGGAGGCCUCAUUUGCGAGGUGCAAAAGACAUUCUUCUCAAACAUACCACGAGCCGCAAGGGUCCUUCCAACUCAAAACUUCUUCUUCUUUGCAAAUAUUGGUUUGUCUCGUUCGAAAUCUUGGCGGGCUUGGGUCUGAAGUUUGGAGGAACUGUGGAGGUAGAAGACGAACUAGACUUACUUUUGGGAUGCCUGGACAGGAAUGAGAUACAAGUCUUGAGAAAUCUUGGCAUGCUUUGUCCAUCAGGAUUUUAUCUCAUUGGUGGCUAUCACAUCGAUUUAAUUCCCGCAUGGAAAGAUCUCAUCAAACUCCUAAACAGAAAGAGAAGAAAUAUUAAUUAUAAAUUGGAUGAAACACUUGAAUAUUUAAGGCUAUUGGCAAUUUUUGAGCGCCUGAACGGCAUUGAAUUUGUGAAUCGAAAAGCGUUGCUCAAGAACUCUGAUUUUCUGGGGGGUUUUGUCCCCGCUGGACUCUUACUAGAUCUAAUAAGCACCAGUCAAGAUCACAUUAUAAUUAGCUGGAUGGAUAUUUCGCAUCAACUAUAUUGUAUUGCGGCUACUAUCACAAUACUAACUGAAUUCAUCGAAUUGAGAUAUGACUCACCGCAGAUACAAAGCUUGGUUUCUCGUCUAAUGUCUCUUCUUGAGUUUCUUUCGGAAUUCAAGGAGACACCGCCAACAAUCAAAUGCGCCGUCAUGAUGAUUCAAUGGCCAGUUGUGGUUGCAGGUAUUAACCUGGUGCGAAAUAAAGACAAAAAUCUCGUCUUUAAAUUUUUUGAUUUGGCAAUGAAAGCUGGGGCCGGUAGUGCAGGAUACUCUAUUUCACGAAUCAAAAAAAUAUGGAAAAGUCGUGAGGAAGGAUUUACAGGUUCGAUUGACGAUGAAAUUGACAUUGUUCCCUACUAGAAUUUUAGUCAAGAAUAGUACACUGUAUGCUGCGUCAUUCUUACAUAUGGAUACAUCUUUUCAAAACUGAAUAUAGGGAAUUCUUGUGUAAAAUGCUCGCCAUCAUUAGCAUUCAACGCUUUGUAGUACCGAGUAUCUGUUCUCCUGGUUGAGUGCAAUUUUAAGACUGGUACUCAUCUGUGUGUGGCUGCUUCUGGUGCUGUUGUAUUCAUCUUGUAUUUUCCACCCAACUCUUUCAGCACCAACUCUUGCACCGUCUAGAUUUGCAGACGUA